CAGGGCUCUGCCACUGUGGGAUUGUAAAAAAAUGGCGCUUCGGCACAGCACAUUUGCACCGGUAGCGGCUAUUCAGUUCAUGGCCUGUCGAUGAGCAGAGCCACUUCCUACAUUUCUAAUCGAGAGGUAUUAUGCUGCUGCUGUUUUUCUUUUAAAUCCUACUUCAAGUUCUCAGAUUGUGAAUACUAUGUACUGUAAUUUCAUAAAAAGCCAGGCAUUCCCCUUGGCUUCUAGGGUUUCUUCACAACCAAUAUGCUUCAAACCAUUUCACAUCUCAGAACCUCAGUUUUUAGCAAUUGGGUCUCCUCCAAUAUUCACCCAAAACCCCAUUUGGUUGAACUUCAGAAGUCCCUCAUUUGGGUCUGUUCAGAGAAGCCAUGAAAACUCCAACUCAGUGAAAGCCAUAAAAUUUUCAAUUGGGCUUCAUCGUGAAGCGCCUGAGAACAGAACUGGAGCAAAACCAAGAAAAUUUUCUUGUGGGUUUUCUGUAAAAAAUUCAUCUUUAGCAAGAGCAAGAGGUUUUUCAACUUCUUAUUUUCAGAGAGUUCAUAGUAAGGGCAGCGGUCUAGCAAGAAAUUGGAAAACCCGAAGUUGGAAAGCAGCAGCUCACAAAGCUAAGGAAGAGAAAAAAAUGGGGAAAGCAAAGGUGACAAAAACAAGUGGUUCCUGUUGGGAGGACGCAGGAGAAAUUUUUUCCCAAAGAGGCGGAACAACCAAGGAGAGCAAAGAUGGUAAAAACAGAUUUGCAGGCAUGCCGCAGAGUCAACUAGAUAAUUACAGGGGAGGGGGUGAAAAAGUUGAAGGGGAAGAAGAUGAUGACUCUGAAGUUGCUUAUGAGAAGCGCAGUAGGAAGGUAAGAAAUGGGAAAAACCUUCCUUGGCUAGAAGUAGCUCAUAAAGCCAAGGGAGGGAGAAAAUUUGAGAAAACGAUCUCUCCAAAAGCUAGUGGUUCCUCUUGGGAGGAAUCAGCUAGAAGUUUUUUCAAAAAAGGCAGUACAACUGCUGCGGGGAGUGAGAAUGGUAGAAAUAGGUUGGUAGAUCUAGCGGAGUAUGGACAAAAUGAUUACAUGGAAAGAGGUGAAGGGGUUCAAGAAGGUGGUGAAGAAGAUGAUGCUGAGGAGGUGAGUGAUGAUCCAAGAUGGGAUAAGAUUAAGAGUCAGUUUAGGGGAUUUUCUGAUCCAAAAGCUGGUUUUGGAAAGCCCAACUUCCAACGGUGGAAUAAACAGGAAAAUUGGGGCAGAAAGACAUGGAAAGAGGCUAGUCAAUCAACUGUGCCUAAGAUGGUUGGCGAACAGAUUUAUGGGGUUAGUCCUGUUUUGGCAGCAUUGUCAGCUGGAAGAAGAGAAUUCUAUGCAUUGUAUGUCCAGGAAGGAUUGGAUUUAAGCAGUAAUAAUAGGAAGAAGAAGGAUAAGAAGCGAUUUGAGAAAGUUCUGUUGAUGGCUGACAAUAUAGGGCUAAGCAGAAAAGAAGUGUCAAAGCAUGAUCUUAAUAUGGUGGUUGAUAACCGGCCACAUCAAGGUCUCGUGCUAGAUGCUUCUCCAUUGGAGAUGGUAGGUAUAAAGGAACUGGACCCUGUUAGUCUUGGGGGAGAGAAGGGUCCUAUUUGGUUAGCAUUGGAUGAGGUUAUGGACCCUCAGAAUUUGGGUGCAAUCAUACGGUCUGCCUAUUUCUUUGGAGCUUCAGGGGUGGUGCUUUGUGCAAAGAAUUCAGCCCCAUUGAGUGGUGUUGUGAGCAAGGCUAGCGCUGGCUCACUCGAGUUGAUGGAGCUUAGGUCAUGCAGGAAUAUGAUGAAGUUCUUAACAUCCUCGGCUGAAAAUGGUUGGCGGGUUCUUGGAGGCUCUUUUUCUUCAAAAUCUGUUCCCUUGAAUGAGGUUUUGCCUGGUGCACCUACCAUUCUUGUUUUGGGCAGCGAGGGCACUGGGUUGAGGCCUUUGGUAGAGAGAUCAUGUACUCAGUUGAUUAGGAUCCCUGGAAACAUUCCUGUAGAUGUAACUACAGGAGCAGUUGAAGGUGUUGAAUCUGAGGAGAUGGAUCCUGGAUGCUCAGGAAAAGAGCUCCAGCCUUUUUUAGCUGUGGAGAGCUUGAAUGUCAGUGUUGCAGCUGGAGUGCUUCUUCACCAUUUGACUGAGGAGCUGCUCAGUCAACUGGUAGAACAAGGUCCAAUGCUACCCACGUCCUCGACAAACUUAGGUUGGGACAUAAAAUUGUCUUCAGGUCUUGCACAAACCAUACCUCCAUCUUAUGCCAUGGAUUUUGUGAGCCCAUCAGGAGUGUGCCUCAUCUUGACCUCAUCUCUGGGAAGAUUGGAAGAAUUCUGUGGAAGUUCACUCUUGGAUGUCGCCUUACUCAGGCCUUUGGAUGACUAAAUCAGCUUGGCAUCUCUUUCUGAAUCAGAAUCACGUCUGACAUGGAGCACACUUUAACCUGCUGAUGCAUUAUUGAGGAAUAAAAACCUCAUAUAAUUCUGUGUUGCUUGCUGCAUCAAGAAGGGAUUCUUCUUAUGAACCUUCAUCAUUUUUCGAAGAGGUAAUGGCUGAUGAUUUUGGCUGGCUCUGUAGUUUUGGGGCUGGCUUUGACCUUUCACUGCCAUUUUGGGGUACAUCUUGGCCUAAACUUCUGCUUUGGUUGGUGGUUCCCCAUGAGGAGUCACUGAGGCAGGAAUGCUGACCAAUGAACCAGAAUCUAAAGGAUGCGAUCGACCUUGUGAUUGUCAAUCUUCCUAGUUGCAUAGUUUGGAUGAUUGCUUUCAGUUGUUUUCAGCAUGAGGUCAUCGCUAGUGAAGGUGACCUCAUUUCAGUUGUUUUUAGCAUGAAGUCAUCACCAGUGAAGGUGGCAGAAGCAGAAUACUUAGCCCCUUCAUCUUCAACCUCAGUGAAGUGGCUUUGAUAUCUGUCAGGAUCCAGCAGCACCUGGACAAAAGCAGUCCUGAUAUUGGAUAACAGCAUCAGCGCAUCAUACACGUGGAAGAGGGCUGGAAUCUCUCCCAGUUUUAGGGGCUGGACGAGCAGCAUGUACUCCUUUGAGAUGGCAUUUGGUCUUAGGAUUGGUACUUACCAAGUGGUCAGAGGGAAGGGUGCAACUUGCUUGGCCUAACACUUCAACAGGAGUGAUUUAGUUUCCUAAUCUUUUGGGUAAACUUUGAUUACCACUGCCUCUUCUGGAAAAAGAGUUCCUUUCUCCGUUGCACCUAAUGGCAAAUGCCAAUUCUUACCUUCUUUAGUGACGAGAGGGGUGAAUUUUCCCAAUUUUACUGGGCAGCCUUACUAAUUAAGGGGCUUUUCUAAUGAAAAGAAUAAUAAAUCUCCUUGAGGGAGAACUUGUUUCACAGACUCCAUAAAGUGACUCCUAUUGUUAAAACAACCCUUUAACUUAAUUAAGGACUUUCA